UGACAGUCGGUAGAUUUUGUUUGCCCAAAUCCCAAUGGAAAUUGGAAAAAGCAGUUUUGAAUUUUUCCUCGUAUGAGUCAGAGUACCGUAAAAUUAGCUUUUUAAAAAUUUUGUGUACAUUACAAAGCUAAAAUCCAGUUUACCAGGAGCCUACUAACAUGGCAGAUAAUCAAGAUAUCCCAAUGGCUGCGGACGAAACUGAUGAGGCGCCAAAAGAGGAAGUUCUUUCAGACGUAGACCGAGAGAGCCCGGCACCGCCAGCUAACCCCGCAGAUGAAAACACUCAGGAGCUCAUUGUGGUCAAUGAAAACACAGACAUCUUAGAUUUGAACCACGGCAGAAUUGGGAAAAUUGAAAAUCUCGAACCGCUGGUGAACUUAGAAAGGUUAUAUCUCCGUUGGAAUCUUAUUAAGAAGAUAGAAGGUCUGGACACUCUCAGUAAACUAGUGGAACUGGAACUGUAUGACAACCAAAUUGUGAUCAUGGAAAACCUGAGUGGACUCGUCAACUUAGAAAUCUUAGAUCUCUCAUUCAAUAGAAUCAGAGAGAUCCAAGGUAUGGAGAAUCUUCUCAAUUUGAAGAAAGUCUAUUUGAGUUCAAAUAAAAUAUCAGAAAUAAAGAAUGUGAAUCAUCUGCCUAAGCUGGAACUGCUUGAGUUAGGUGACAACAGAAUAAGAGAGAUAAAGGACCUAGAAGGAUUAAAAUCCCUAAGGGAACUGUAUCUUGGGAAGAACAAAAUAACCAAAAUACAAAACCUUGAGGAUUUAACAAAUUUGGAAACUCUAGUACUGCAGAGUAACCGUCUAACUAAAAUAGAAAACUUGGAGCAGCUAACAAAAUUGGAGCAGCUAUACAUAUCGGAAAACAACAUAUCGGUUAUAGAAAACCUUGGGAGCCAGGUUAAUGUACAGACGUUGGAUCUUGCAUUCAAUAAAAUAACAGUCAUUGAGAAUGUCAAACAUAUGGCAGAGUUGGAGGAGUUAUGGCUGAACAACAAUCAGAUAUCAGAUUGGUCGUCAGUGGACUACUUGACGGAGAACAAGAAACUUCAGACAGUAUAUUUAGAACACAACCCGCUGGCAUCAGAUCCGGCGUACAGGAGGAAACUGAAGUUAACUCUGCCUUCACUCAAACAAAUCGACGCGACCCUGUGUAGUCCCCGAUUCCUCUACCAGUCUUCACGUGACAGAAGAUGAACCUAAUAAACUGAAAACAUGCAUUAUGUGUAAAGUGAACUUUAGCUUUUAAACUGUUUUUCAUCCUGUUUAUUUGUGAUAAUUAUAUGAUAAUAUACAAGUAAAAGGUUAUUUUCAUU